UUGAAUUCACUCCAGUCUAUAUUCUGUUCUCUAGGCCUCACCACGUGCAUUGUCGAUAUUUUCAAUCAACAAGCUUGAUCAAUACAUUUUUGACAUUUUUAUUCCAAAAUAAUAUUCUAAAUAAGAACGCAUUUAGCGUAAAAUUUGAGUUUAACGUGACUUCCUGAUGUUUUUAAUCGUUUAUGUAAAUAAUCAAAUUACAAAUGGAUUUUACAAACAGCAUUCCGAGCACAUCAGCAGCUGAACAUGGAAUACUAACAGUGGACGUCAUCAGUAAUAUAUCAGUAAACUCCAUUAGUGACAUACCUGAGACCCUCAUACCACCUGACUUGAUCAUGUCAAUAGAAGGUAUUGCUGAUAAAGAGGACGACUCCACGAAACUAAAUCUGGCGUACGAGAAUCUAUAUGAACUGCCAAGUACAAUUGUGCAAAAGUUUGCUCUUCAUAUUGUGUACCUUGACAUUAGCCAUAAUAAAAUUACAAACCUACACCCCCUAGUUCACUUCAGGCACCUGCAUUCACUGAUAGCAGACAACAAUCCAAUCACAGAGGACUGCAUUCUACCGCCGUUGCCCAAACUGAAGCUGCUAUGGUUGAAUCACUGUAAAAUAUCGUCGCUGUACCCCUGGGUGGGGCAGCUGAAAGAGGCGUGUCCGAAACUAAACAUGUUGUGCCUGAUGGGCAACCCGGCCGCGCCGAGCUAUCUCAACGGGGGCACGUUCUACGAAUACUUGCAAUACAGACUGUUCGUGAUAUCCCAAUUCCCGUCGUUAUACCACUUGGAUGACAGAAAAGUGACUAGCGACCAACGCCAGGAAGCGCAGCGGCUGUACAAGCGGCCACUGCUGGAGCGCUUCAUCAGCCCGCGCUCAGGCGGGCUCGGGCAGCUGGUGCACUCGUCUGUCUCGUGGAGCAACGUCCAGAACAAAUUCCACUCGUUGUGGAACAAAGAGCCGGAGCGUAACAGGAAUCUACCGAUAUAAUUGUACUAGGCUAUAAAGAAAUGGAAAUUGUGCUGGGUUAAAUGGAUGAAAAUUUGUUAUGGUAUGUACUUUUAACGUCUUCCGUUUCGCUCACACUCCAUUCGGAAUACCUACGUACCUAAGUACUUCAAAGAAGGUAGUUUGUAAACAAAUUAAGAUUGCACGGAGAAAAAUGGAAGCUAAUUAAUGUGAAAUUUAAAUGUAUUCUGAAAUAAUGUUACAAAUACUAUAUAAAUUUUCCUGGUACUUAACAAUUAUAAUAAACUAGGCCCUCUGUGCAUACACAUUUGUAUCCAAACUGAUAUAUUUAACAUAACUCAUAUAAGUUAUUAACCUUUCACUGCUGAACAUAGGCCUCCCCCGUAAGGGGAUUUGCCAGUAGUUGCCAUGCUUGCCAGACGGGUUGGCAACUCUUAGAUUUAGGUGAUAUUUAAAGAGAGACUGCUGUCCAUCCCUCGACUGUUAAGUUCCCUUAGUCGUCUCUAACAGCACCUACGAGAUAGGUAGAGGUGGCCCAUUCUAUGCUGGGACCAUACAGCAAUAUUUAUAAUAAAUAUAACCUAAAAAUUACUUACCUGGUAAAGUAAUCAGCUUCCUAGACAAGGUACAAAAAGUAUUGUUACCGCUAACGAGUCUAUUAGGUAGAUUUUUUUUUUUAUACAGCUUAGAAUGGCAAACAAGGUGACGGCCCACUUGGUGGAAAGUGGUAACCGUCGCCUAUAGACAUGAGCAGUGCCAUGGACAUAACAGAAUAUACUGUUUCGCCCAUGAUACCCCCCAUGCGUUGCCAUUCCUGAGGACUCAGGUGUUAUUCCUCUGUACCCAGUAAAUUCACGCCAUAUCCCACCCUUCAAACCGAAACACUGCCAUGCAAAUACAACUGCUUCACGGUUGAAACACGAAUGGGAAUAUAGAAUGAGAUAGCGACAUGCGCUGUCCUGUUCUUUCACAUGAGAGCACCAAUUGAAGAGAUUCUAUUGAUAGAUUCGAUUGUACAUUGUUUACUAGGAAUGAGGUUCGUAUAUAAAUACUAUUAUUGCUACCUACCUAUGGUUCCGACAAACUUAGGUAUAGGAAUAAACUUGUUUAAUGUGUUCAAAAAGCAUUUAAUAUAUUUAUAUAAUUUAUAUAGGUUGUGAUUGUUAUCGAAUGUUCAAAUUUUUUAAAUUGUUGAAAUAUUAUGUAAGUAAAACAAACAUGUUUAAAUACUUUCCGCUUGCUAAAUUUGUGUACUAUAUUUUUAUCCAUUUGUAUAUAACUGGAAAGACUAUACGACGGCUCAAAUUAGGGAUUAAGUACAGAAAAAACUGUCCAAUUAUUAUUACAAGUGAACAGUAGAAAAUUAAUUAAAAGUUUUCCUAUUGUAUUUAAUUUCCCGUUAUUUAAUUUUUCUAAUACUACUUUUCAUAUACGUCCUCUGAUGUCAACAGUUUUUCGGCCAUCUUAGGUAUCUGAUGUGACAUACCGCUUUUUUUUGUCAACAUUCUCUAGUUAAAUAUAAGAAAUAUACGUAAGCUUUAAAAAUUGUAAAUAUUUUAUUCGAUUAAAAAUAUUAUUGUUGAGUAAUAGCUGUCGUAAGGAAUACUCUUAGAUUAUAUAGAUAGAGCAUCGAGCCUCAAAAACGGGUCAACUUUUUGUCAUCUAAUUGUCAAAUUAGCAAAUUAGUUCAAAUGACUCGUUUUUUUAUCAGUGUUAUACUUAAAAAUACGUCAAGCUGACGUAUUAUUUAAAAAAUUAGUGUUUACGCAUUAAAAGACGAAGAAAUUAUAAGACAAAAUAAAUAUAGAAGUUAUAAAAGGAUUACUCAUAACUAUUUAUCACGCAAAAUUGUAUGAAAAAGUUGAUCCGUUUCUCUCGAAACAUUACUAUGGAGACGCUCUAUCUAUAUAACCUAAGGUCAUAUUGUAUUUUAAUUACUUAUAUUCACGUUUUAAAUUCGGGGAUACCCGACUAGUUUCGAACUCAAUAGGAGCCCUUAUUCAUGAGCGCUAUUCACGGCUGUGGUGCGAGCAGCACUGCGCAACCAGCUCGCUGUUUGCCGUGAUAAAGCCAACAUAAAUAUAUACAGAAAUAUUACUAAUGUUAUUUUACGACGGGUAGAUCUCUAAUGAUAUAAUUACGCUAUUUUGUCCUCUUUCUGUGUUAAUAGAAUAGUUUUUAUAACUAUGUUGUAGUUUGUUUCUUAUUUGUAUUUAUAUUAUACAUAUUAUGUUAAGUAUCUGAAUAAUUUAAGUCAUAAAAAAAAUAUUCAUAACGUAUUUUUUAAUUAAAUAAAGAAAAUGCGAGUCAAUGAUAAAUUUAUACAUAUUUUAUUGAACAAAAUAAAUAACUUCUACAAACUUAUU